ACUGCUUCAUAGUGUGUGUGUGCUUAGUACUGUGACGGUCGAUGUUUCGAGGCUGCUCGUGGAGCUGAUAAAUACGUAUUUACUUUAAUCAUUGAGUAAUAAGCAGCUUGUAUAUUGCUCGGUGUGUGGCCCAGGAAACUCGUUUUACGCCGUUUGUUCACUCAAGGAGUCUGGCACGUUCGUAAACUUAGACGCCAAAAUGGGCCUGCCAUUAAGGGCGAUAUGCAUAUUGUGGGGCAUGCUUUCGCUCGCCCUGAUGCCCGGAUGCUCUUCUUUGCCGAAUGCCGUGGAAGCUGAACAGGAGGAGGAUCAUAUCCACAUUGAUGAGAGGCCGAAGCUCUUAUUCAUUCUCCUGGACGGGUUCCGAUGGGACUAUGUUGACAAGCAGAGGCCAGAGAAUCUCCCUGGCUUCACAAGACUCCUGAAGGAAGGGGUCAAAGCAAAAUGGACUCAGCCCGUUUUCCCUACGAUGUCUUUCCCAGCGUGGACGACCUUAUUUACAGGUCUUUACGCAGAGAACCACGGCAUUGUUGGGAGCAACUUCUAUGACCCGGAGACAAAAGACAUAUUCACUAUAACAGAUCUUGAUACCACCGCCAAGACGAAGUGGUGGACAUCGGAGCCCAUCUGGACCACCGCCGAGAGGGCCGGACUGAAGACGGCCCAGUACCUGAUAUCCAGGUGCGAUAUCUCCUACGACAACAUCCUCACCCACCACUGUGAGCCUUACACUCAUGAUGCCAAAAAGGACGUCUUCCUCAGGAACGCCAUGAAGGCCCUGGAGAAGUUCGACCAAGGAUAUAACCUCGUGCAGGUAUUUACUUCUCGUAUAGACGAUGUUGGCCAUGCCUUCGGUCCGGGUUCGAAUGAAGUUCAGCAAGCCGUAAGAGCCGUUGACAACGUGAUCGAUAUACUUCUGGACGAACUGGACGAAAGAGAACUCGCGGACAAAGUGAAUGUCGUCGUGGUGAGUGACCACGGCAUGGCUGACACUUCCGAGGAGGCCGUUAAGAGACACGACAUAGACACGUACUUGGAUCCAGCCCACGUAGAGAACAUAGCAGAGUUCGGAGCCUUCAUGAAUAUCAAGGCAACCGAAGGAAACGCCGACAAGGUAUUCGACGCCUUGAAGUCCAUCCCAGGAAUAUCCGUGUACAAGAAAGAGGACAUUCCCGAAACCUUCCACUACAAGAACGGGGACUUUGUCCACGAUGUCAUCCUGGUUGCUGACGCAGGUAAUUACAUAAUGGCAUCAACGUCAGACAAGCAAAUUCCCAGAGCCCCAAAGAAAAUCCUCUUGGGGUCGCAUGGUUACAACACCGACGUUCAGACUAUGAGGGGCAUAUUUUUCGCAAGAGGACCAGCUUUUGUGGAAGGAACGGUCAUUGAACGCAUCCACAUGGUAGACGUUUACCAAGUCCUGACGAAUGUCCUAGAAAUUGUCCCUAAACCUAAUAAUGGAACUUGGGCUCGAGUAGAGUCCGCCUUCAGAUCUGCUUAUAGACAUCCAAAGCAGUCGAAUGGCGCCUCGGUAAUACUGCUAGCGCCAGUCUCUAUUUCUCUUCUUACCCUAGCACUUGCGAGGUUUAUUUAGGAAGAUAAGAACGAAUUAAUUUCUUAAAUCCUUUACUUAAAGAACGACUCUAGUUCCGUGCUAGAGAAUUUGUGUCUAUAAACUGAAGCCAGCCUUGUGCUGGAACCGUUUCUGGCUCCUAGAGUGGCCCGUAAAAGACUAUCGAAAACAUAUUUAAUACGAUGACGAUGAUGUGACUUGCCUUCCCGCAACCAGCUAUCACAUAAUGAACAUGUUUUCAAUCAUGUAUAGAGAGUACGACGGUAGCCGAGGCUUCUCACUCAAGUAGAAGUAAAAUAAUGGACUUAUUUUUAGUACUGGCCAGACAGGUUGGUUUCAGUUCUAGUAGUCCCAACUUUUUUUUCUUGCCCCACCCAAUUACGUCUAAAAUCCUGAUGGCCCAUGUGGUUAUAUACAGUAAUACUUAUAUUCGCGUGGAGGAAGCUUAAAUGGCCAUUAACUUGGUUUAAACAUUCUUGAAUUGGUCCCCUUAAAAAUCAAAUUGCCCCGUAAGCCCCACGUUGGAAACAACUGCAUUAGAGAAAGUUGCUCUGAUAACAAUGAUGAGGCUUCUCUUUUCGCGGCCAGUGAACAUGUUGAUACUGUGCAAGAAAGAAAGAAAAUCUAUAGUUUUCACAUGGAGAACUUUUAUGUUAACUGUCUAGAUGACAAAAUUGCAUUCCUCUCGGCUGCCAGAUAUAAUGUGCCGAACGUACUUCUCACUCUAGCUACUCAUGUCUAGUUAGAUUUGCGUUUAUGUUUGUGUGGUGAAUAUAGUGCUAUUAGAGAUAAAUGUAUUAGUAUAUAGUUAAUUAUGUACAUUAGAUGGAUAUCAAUUUUUGAAGAAAA